AUGAACAACCUAACUGGGUACAGAUUCCCGCCAACGGCGAACACAUCUGUGUAUUCUCCGACGCCAAAUGCUACUCAGCUGGUACCAACAAACCAAAAGUCACCGAGUGGUAAUUUCAUAAAUGUGGUUUAUGCUAGCUUGUUUGCGUUCGUUAUCACAGCUGGUGUAAUAGGCAAUAUCCUAGUUAUUGCCACUAUUGCAGCCAGGCGGAGUAUGAGGACGCCGUGUAAUCUAUUCAUUACAAACAUCGCCCUUGCAGACUUUCUUGUGGCUUUGAUCCUUAGCCCGCUACGUAUGGCCGAGUUGUUUAUCGGUUGGCCACUGGGUGAAUUUUUUUGUCGCUUCCUGGCGCCCUUCCAGGAGGUGAUUGUAUGUGUUUCGGCUGUCACGCAUACCGUGAUAGCUCUGGAAAGACACCGCGGCAUCGUGACGCCAUUUAAGCCCAAACUGAAUGUUUCAACAGCCAAGAUUGCCAUAGCGGUCAUUUGGUGCGCAUGCUUUUUGACAAUAGGCUUACCGCUGGCCUUAGUUUUGAAGGAGGUAGAAGAUAAAGGUAAAAAAUAUUGCAAAGCCUUUUGGCCCUCGAUCCAUGGUCGCCAAGUUUAUGAAGUGUUCCUCGUCACAGCUUUCAUACUGGUACCUCUCAUAAUGCAAACUGUCACUUACAUUAAAAUUGUUGCAACCAUGAAGAAAGAGGACGCUUCUACGCAAACUAUUACACGAAGUGGAACUGUGGAACAACGAAGAAAUCAGAUCCGAAAGAAGGCACAUUUAGUUAAAAUGCUGGUCAUUUUAGUGGCUGUCUUUCAAGUCUGUUUUAUUCCGCGGGGAAUCUUCAUGCUAGUUUAUGAGUUCGCUAGUGCAUCCUACAAGGAAGCAAACAGGGAUGGUAUGAUGAUUGGCAACGUCUCAACAAUUCUCAUAUUUUAUAUCAAACACGUUUUAAACCCAUUUAUUUUAUUUGCGAUGAGUACUGAGUUUCGAAAAAACUGCUUCCCCCGGAGACUUUGCAGAAAUGAGUCGGACUUUGCUUCAAGCAUGUCGCGAUAUAUGUCUAAGAACUCUCGAACUCAAGUGUCACGCAACAGCGAGAUAUUUGAAGAAAAAGAAAUGAGUAACUUAUGUGACAGCAGCUCGCCAGAUGUGCUCGAAGGAAAAAGAGAAAAAGUAGUGUUCGUCUAG